AGCGAAAUUGCAUGCCGUGUCGUGUCUAACACGGAGAUAGAAGCGUGUGACCUUUAUAAUAAUUGAAAGUGAAGAAAUUAAAUGUAGCUACUCUAUUUAGCUGAAGAGCUUAACCCAUCUGAUUCUCACACUUUUAGCCACAAACCCGGACUUCAUAUAUUUUUCCCAUUCAUCCAACAAAUAAGUACACUCGCAAAAGAUUCCGAAAAUAUUAGUAUUUGUUACUUCCUCCGCGCCUUGUGUGCACAGAGGAUCUGAGGGCAUAUGACCCCUCCUACAUGCCCUACGAAAUGGCGAAAUGGCUACCUGCUCUUAAAGUACGCCAGCUUCAACGCCUUGCUUCUCUGACGGGAAUAUUGUCUUCGGGUACCAAACCGGUUCUCAUAGAACGUUUGGGCCAAGUACUCAACGGUGAACCACGAUGUGCAGCCCAAAAUGCUAGCCAAGAAGAAUCAUUAAUAAACCACAAAAAACCGGCAAGCAUUCUAAGUAUUGACAUGGGCAUCCGAAACUUGGCAUUUGCCCACCUGGUGGUUCCGCCGGGCCAAGCCGGCGAGUUAAAACCUCCUUUUUUGAGUGCGUGGUAUCGCUUAUCUGUUCCUACUUUUGUGGCCAAUUUGGCGUCAGACAAGCAAGUUUUGGAUUUGCACUUGGGUGAGGAAAUGAAGCCGCAAAAUAAGACAUCGAAGGCGAGCAGAUCGAAUGCUCUCGACACACUUGAGGCUAGUCAGUGUGAUGGAAAGGUGAAGGAGAAGGAGAAGGAGAAGGAGAAGGAAAAGGAAAAGGAAAAGGAGUCCUUUGCGCCCAAACUAUAUGCUACACACGCAUACACCCUCAUGUCAUCUCUCCUCGCAACAUAUAAACCGACACACAUUCUUAUUGAAAGGCAACGAUUUCGAUCUGGCGGAGGUAGCUCUGUCCAGGAAUGGACCAUUCGCGUCGGCGUCUUUGAAGGAAUGCUCUACGCGGUUCUUCGUUCCAUACAACUGGAGCGGAAAGGCGACUUAGCCAACAUUGUCGUCGAAGGUGUGGAGCCUCAACGAGUAAUGAAAUACUGGAUGGAUGAAGAAGAACUCGAUCUGCAUCCGAAAGGCAAGAAGACAGAGGUCUCGUCAACGAAGAAGAUAUCCCAAUCAAUGACUCCGAAUAGACGCAAGCAAAUCAAAAUAGAUCGAAUUGGCAAACUCCUCUCGUCAUGUACUGGAUCAGACGCUGGUGGCAUAGGACCAGCAGACUUAGGUGGUCAUAUCGGCAUACAGUUCGGCGACGACCGUCGGAUGCAUGAGGUAGUUAAAGCCUACUUAAAGAAAUGGGAAAAGAAGCUGAAAAGAACCAACGCAAAGACAAAAGGAGGCUCUACCAAGCCCACCGCUUCUUCAACCACUUCUUCGAAUAAGGUUUCUCAUUUCGCAAUGGAUGAUUUACAAGCACUGGAAAUCGAGAAACUUGAUGACCUCGCUGAUUGCCUGUUACAAGCUAUGACAUGGUUAGAAUGGCAGAAUACGCGGCAAAAAAUCGCUCGUUGUGGACUUGAGGCGGUUUCAUCGAAGAUAGGCAAUUGA